GUGACCGCUCAUUUUGUUACUGACGUCACUAGUCACGUUGUUCUAUAUCGGCUAUGGUCAUAGUAUGGCUGAAAGUUUAAACAUUAACUUCAUUCCGCCAAAGUUAUAUAUAUCAUGCGCUGGCCAAAUUUCUAAUUACUCCAAAAAUCAAGUUUCCUGUUUAGGGAAGUUGCGAAGAACUUGGAGUUAUCGGAAUAAAGAUAUACUUAUAUCCCAUAUGAUAUACAUUCGAUUCAAAAACCAACUACACAAGUUUCUUUUUUUCAAAUCAUUCUCUUCUGUAGAUCCUCUUUGAAAUUGUAGAUCUUUUACAGGUUCGACGCAGUCUAGCACAACUUUGUGAUGGUCCUAUCCUAAAUGGGAUUUCAAAUUUUUGUACUAUGUCCUUAAAAUGUAAAAGUGAACAUUGUGUGAGUGGACAUACUUUGGAUCAUACACUAGUAUGCCUAAUUCAAUUGUACAAAAAAAUAGAAAUAUUGCUACUUCGUUUGAAUUCCUGCUGGAGGUCGUGUGAAGCACAGUUUACUACCGGACACUUUACCAAAGUCCUCUUAUUAAUAAUGACAGUACUUUCAGGUUUAAGAGUUCAAUCUCUUAAUUCUCUAGAUGAAGUUAACUGUUGUUAUGGUAAUCUCUUUGCAGUUCGAAGAUCUUUAACAGAUACAAAGACUUGGUUACCAUCUGAUGUUACACUACCGUCUUCAUUAAAUCAUCAAGCAAAACCACCAGCAACAGAUGUAAACAAUCGCGAAGUUUUAGAUUUUGGUGAAAUUCGAACUAAAGAUAUCCCAAAGUUUUUGACCGCAAAAGGAACUCCUGAUAAUUUCGAUUCUCAUGAAGCCAUAACUUCUAACAAACCUCUCGCUAACAAUAACAAAAAAGUUAAAAGACUUAGUGCGGAUACUCAGCGUUCACUAACUGCAAUACUUCCACGCGCCACUCAAAAGAAACAAGAAGAUCUUCUUUCUGUACUUCUUAACCACAGAUAGUAUAGUGUCUGAGAUUAUUGUACAGUUCCAUGAUCGAAUAUAUACCUAUUUGUAUUAUUUUCGUUACUUUAUCAUUCAAUGUAAAUAACUAAAUUUUUGGUUUAUUAGGAAAUAAAUUUCUCUAAAUGUUUUGUUUAAUUGGGGUAGAACUAAAGGAUACUUCAUUUUACUACAUCUAAUCAUAUAUAUGCUGAGAAUUCUAUAUUGUACCAAAAUAUAAUAUUGAAUAAAGCCAUUAAUAAUAAUAAUAAAUAAAUUUAGUAUUA